GAAACAUUUAUUCCGCUCCGCCUCGAGGCGCGCAGCACGACACCGCUGCCCACCGAAACAUCCCCCGGAGAGGCAGCAGCCCUCCUCCUCAUCGUCUCCUGGCGCGUUAAUUAAUCAACUCCUAAUAUAAUCUCCUGUGCUAACGAUGACCCGCCUGCGGAGGUAAGUCACAAGGUGACUUUUCUCGUAAACAGUGAUUUUGUAGACAGUAGCUACAUAAAUAAUAAUCCUGUACACAAUAUUUUACAAUCAGAAAUCUCAUAUUUAUAAACAGUACAUUACUGUAGAUUGCUGUUCACUUAAACUUAAAAUACUGUUUUUGUACUGUUCACCUGAACUUAAAAUACUGUCUAUUAUGAUAAGUGAGAGGAACCGGUUCCCCUUCUUAUACACCACCAACACCCUGUGGCCAGUACACUGAGCGGACUUAGGUGCCUCCGCUCGCUUGCUAGUCAUGGCGCCUCUCGCCGCGCUGCUGCUCCUGCUCGCCGCCUCCAAUGCCGCGCUCGCCAAGGCCGUGGAGUACCACAGCCUUGCAGCCACCCCUCUCUCGCCCCAGGCGUACACUGCUUCGGCGUCCGACGCCGGCGAGGAUGUCUUUGGGGGCAGCCUUGCCGCGGCGCAGGAGGGCGCCGCCGCGUCGGCGGUGCACUUUCGCGUGCUCCACCGGGACGUGUUUGCGGUGAACGCCACCGCGGCCGAGCUGUUUGCGAACCGGCUGCGGCGGGACAAGAGGAGGGCGGCGCGGAUCUCGAAGGCUGCGGCCAACGGGACGCGGGGCGGCGGCGGAGGAGUCGCGGCGCCGGUGGUGUCCGGGCUCGCGCAGGGCAGCGGGGAGUACUUCACCAAGAUCGGGGUUGGGACGCCCGCCACCCCCGCGCUCAUGGUACUUGACACCGGCAGCGACAUCGUGUGGCUGCAGUGCGCGCCGUGCCGCCGCUGCUACGAGCAGUCGGGGCAGGUGUUCGACCCGCGGCGCUCGAGCUCGUACGGAGCUGUCGACUGCGCCGCGCCGCUCUGCCGCGGGCUCGACUUCGGCGGCUGCGACCUGCGCCGCAGGUCGUGCCUCUACCAGGUCGCCUACGGCGACGGCUCCGUCACGGCGGGCGACUUCGCCACCGAGACCCUCACCUUCGCCGGCGGCGCCCGCGUGGCGCGCGUAGCUAUCGGGUGCGGCCACGACAACGAGGGCUUGUUCGUCGCGGCGGCGGGGCUCCUGGGGCUCGGCCGCGGCAGCCUGUCGUUCCCCACCCAGAUCUCCCACCGCUACGGCCGGAGCUUCUCGUACUGCCUGGUGGACCGCACCUCCGCGUCGUCCAAACCCGGCUCCCGCUCCUCCACCGUUACCUUCGGCUCCGGCGCCGUGGGCCCCUCUGCUGCCGCGACGUCCUUCACCCCGAUGGUCAAGAACCCCCGCAUGGAGACGUUCUACUACGUGCAGCUCAUCGGCAUCAGCGUGGGCGGCGCGCGCGUGCCCGGCGUCGCAGAGUCCGACCUCCGCCUGGACCCGUCCACGGGCCGCGGCGGCGUCAUCGUGGACUCCGGCACCUCCGUGACCCGCCUCGCUCGCCCGGCCUACUCCGCGCUCCGCGACGCGUUCCGCGCCGCCACCGCCGGGCUCCGGCUCUCCCCGGGCGGGUUCUCGCUGUUCGACACGUGCUACGACCUCGGUGGGCGCAAGGUAGUGAAGGUGCCGACCGUGUCCAUGCACUUCGCGGGCGGCGCCGAGGCGGCCCUUCCCCCCGAGAACUACCUGAUCCCCGUGGACUCGACGGGCACCUUCUGCUUCGCGUUCGCGGGCACCGACGGCGGCGUGUCCAUCAUCGGCAACAUCCAGCAGCAGGGGUUCCGCGUGGUGUUCGACGGCGACGGCCAGCGCGUCGGGUUCGCACCCAAGGGGUGCUGAAGAAAAAGUUUAGCGCUUAAUCAAUUCAUCAUUAGCGUUGGGUGAGAGGGAGCCUCCUUGUUAGUCAUAAUCAAUGGAGGUGGUCAGGCCAGUGGACUUUGGAUGCUGUAAAGCACUGGGUAUCGCGCAGCCUCUCUCUCUCUCUCUCUGACAGUAGCUUUGAUGUGAGAGAGGAUAAGGCGGUUGGUCGAUGAAGGCUGUAAAAGUGUCUGGGUUAAAAAAUGAGACUGGUUCUCUGCUUUGUGUACUUUC